UUUGAGCGAGUCAGCAUGUUGGUGAUUUUGCUCAACUGCGUCACGCUUGGCAUGUUCCAGCCAUGCCAGGACCUGGAAUGCCACUCGGAGCGCUGCACCAUCCUACAGGCAUUUGACGACUUCAUCUUUGCGUUCUUUGCGGUGGAGAUGGUGCUGAAGAUGGUGGCUCUGGGUGUGUUCGGUCCCAGGUGUUACCUUGGAGACACGUGGAACCGCCUCGACCUCUUUAUCGUCAUGGCAGGAAUGCUGGAGUACUCUCUAGAUGGACACAACGUUAGUUUCUCUGCAAUCAGAACGGUGCGAGUUCUCAGACCUCUCCGAGCCAUCAACAGGGUUCCCAGUAUGCGCAUCUUGGUGACGCUGCUGCUGGACACUUUACCGAUGCUGGGAAACGUUUUGCUACUGUGCUUCUUCGUAUUUUUUAUCUUCGGAAUAGUUGGCGUGCAAUUGUGGGCGGGAUUACUCCGCAACCGCUGCUUCCUGGAUGACAAUGCAAGAAUGAUGUAUAAUCUCUCUCCGUCCUUCAGCGCUUACUACAGACCUGAAGACUCUGACGACAUUGCUUUCAUCUGUUCAACCAAUCGUGAGAAUGGAAUGCUGCGCUGUUCUGACGUCCCACCCCGCAAAGUGGGCGGGGCUUACUGUGAGCUAAAUGCUUACAAUGUCACGGACCCUGCUCCUCUAGAGUUCGCCCAUAGUGGGUGUGUCAACUGGAAUGCCUACUACAACACCUGCAGAGCGAGCGAACACAAUCCGCACAACGGAGCUAUCAACUUUGAUAACAUCGGAUACGCAUGGAUUGCCAUCUUUCAGGUGAUCACGCUAGAGGGCUGGGUGGACAUCAUGUACUACGUCAUGGACGCUCACUCCUUUUACAACUUCAUCUAUUUCAUCUUCCUCAUCAUCGUUGGCUCCUUCUUCAUGAUCAAUCUGUGCCUGGUUGUCAUCGCUACACAGUUUUCGGAAACUAAGCAGCGUGAGAACCAGCUGAUGCGUGAGCAGCGAGCUCGUUUCCGGAGUAACGAGUCCACACUACAAAGUUUGGCUGAGCCUGGCUCAUGUUACGAAGAGAUUCUGAACUACCUUGGCUAUCUUUUACGCAAGUUUUAUCGCUACAUUAUUCAUUUAUAUAACGACGUGUGGCGCAAGAGCAAGAGUGUGAACCUCGGUGAGUCUGCUGCUGUGGGUGGGGCCAAUGGACACUGGAGCAAUAAGGAGAAGAUUGAGCUCACCCGACACGUCUUUCAUCAUAAUCAUCAUCAUCGUCAUCAUCGUCAUCAUUGUAUGGGAAAUGGCACGGAUGUCCCGGAACUGAAGGCGGUGCUCCUGAGUGGAGAGAAAUGCCUUCCCAAAUACACUUCCUCAUUCCCUCUGACCGUCCAUAGCCUCAGCGGUAUCGGUGUGAACUACCCCACCAUCCUACCCCUGGCCUUCUUCACCCACUCACGUGUUCACCCCAGUGCCCUCAAGAGCAAGAACACCACCAACAAAACACAGCAUGGUGUGUAUCCAGAUGUGUGUUCCAGUGUGUGUACAGAAGCUGGCAGCAGACCGGCGCCGUGCGAGCUUCCCACAUGUCCGAUUUCUGCCUGCGAGGCUGACACACUCAGCUCCAACUCCGUCUGUGACUCAGACACGGAGAAAGAAAGUGACACGGAGGUGAAAAAGACGAGGUGGGAAUCUGAAAGGAAUUUCGGCGAGAAGCCGAAGAGAGAAAACUUCCCCGGAGUGUGUGUACGCUGUGUGAGAGCCGUGUUGAGGAGGAUUGUGGACAGCAAGUAUUUCAACAGAGGCAUCAUGAUCGCGAUCCUCAUCAAUACACUCAGCAUGGGAGUGGAGUACCAUGAACAGCCUGCUGAGCUGACAGAUGUGCUGGAGAUCAGUAAUAUCGUCUUCACCAGCCUCUUUGCCCUGGAGAUGGUGCUGAAGCUGCUGGCCUGCGGUCUGCUCGGCUACAUCAGCAACCCCUACAACAUCUUCGACUCAGUCAUCGUCAUCAUCAGUGUGUGGGAGCUCAUCGGACAGGCGGAUGGAGGCUUAUCUGUCCUGCGCACGUUCCGUCUCCUCAGGGUCCUAAAGUUGGUCCGCUUCCUGCCAGCCCUGCGCAGGCAACUCGUGGUCCUGAUGAAGACCAUGGACAACGUGGCCACGUUCUGCAUGCUCCUCAUGCUCUUCAUCUUCAUCUUCAGUAUACUGGGCAUGCAUCUGUUUGGGUGCAAGUUCACGCUGCGGCUGGAGAACGGGGACACCAUCUCAGACAGGAAGAACUUCGACUCGCUGCUUUGGGCCAUCGUCACCGUGUUCCAGAUAUUAACGCAGGAGGACUGGAACGUGGUGUUGUAUAACGGCAUGGCCUCCACGUCUCCAUGGGCAGCGCUUUACUUCGUUGCUCUCAUGACCUUCGGUAAUUACGUCCUCUUCAACCUGUUGGUGGCCAUUUUGGUGGAAGGCUUCCAGGCUGAGGGUGACGCUAGCAGGUCAGAAAGCGACGAUGAUGCGUUCUCUUCUGACUUUGAUGACGAGGACAGGUUGAGAGAGCUCUUAAGCUCAGGUACGGAUGUGAAAGUGCAGACUCUCCUCCCUGUUUCUAACGGCCACUUGGAGCCCAGAGCCACCAUGCCACCUUACCACACCUACACAAUGGCCACGCCCAGAACCGAAGUGUCCCACGUCGACAAUCUAUCAGUGCGCAGCAGCAACGCCUCCUAUGAGCACCAUGACCAGAAGUCGAUGUCCAGUCUAUGGGGGAGCCGCCGGUCCAGCUGGAACAGCCUCGGACACGCCCCUAGCUUGAAGAGACGUUGCCAAUCAGGAGAGCAUGAGUCGCUACUAUCAGGCGAAGACCGGGACAGUUUUGAAGACGACCAAUCAGAUGAAGAACAGUCCAGCAGGACGGGCAGCUUGAGCAGAGUUUCACAUCUUGAGUCGUUCGAUUUGCCAGAACUCCUCCAAGUCCUGCCCAUGCCACACCUCUACGGAGAAUGCAACGGUAGAUUGGACGGAUCGUUUCCAUCCUCUCCGUAUGCGACGCAACAAGAGACGUCACACGCACCUGUCGAGCAGGAUGAGGACACGGAAGAGAGUUGGUGUGUUAUUCUGAAAAGGAUACUGGAGCCGUAUAAGCCUCGGUGGUGCAGAGAUCAUGAGGACUGGUCACUGUAUGUGUUCUCACCUCACAAUAAGUUUCGUGUGCGUUGUCAGAAGGUUAUCACUCACAAGUUGUUCGAUCACAUCGUGCUGGUCUUCAUCUUCCUCAACUGCAUCACCAUCGCGCUCGAGAGACCCGACAUCCAGCCACACAGCAUGGAACGUGUCUUUCUCAGUGUGUCUAACUACAUCUUUACUAUCAUCUUUGUAGCUGAGAUGACGGUCAAGGUGGUGGCUAUGGGGCUAUACAUCGGUCCAGGCUCGUAUCUGCAAAGUAGCUGGAAUGUUCUAGAUGGACUUCUGGUGUUUGUAUCUAUCGUGGACAUCCUGGUGUCUCUGGCCUCAUCCGGAGGAAACCGCAUUUUGGGAAUCUUGCGAGUACUGCGUCUUCUCAGAACGCUCAGACCACUCAGGGUGAUAAGUAGGGCUCCUGGAUUAAAGCUGGUGGUUGAAACACUAAUAACUUCCUUGCGGCCGAUUGGGAAUAUUGUGCUGAUCUGCUGUGCUUUCUUCAUCGUAUUUGGUAUACUGGGAGUCCAGCUCUUUAAGGGAAAGUUUUAUCACUGUGAAGGCUUCGACACCAGAAACAUCACCAACAAGUCUGAAUGUCUGCAGGCGAAUUACCGCUGGGUUCGCAGGAAAUACAACUUUGACAACUUGGGCCAGGCCUUGAUGUCAUUGUUUGUCCUGUCAUCCAAAGACGGCUGGGUCAACAUCAUGUAUGAUGGAUUAGAUGCAGUGGCUGUGGACCAACAGCCCAUAAGGAACCAUAACCCCUGGAUGCUGCUAUACUUCAUUUCCUUCCUGCUGAUCGUCAGCUUCUUUGUACUGAACAUGUUUGUGGGCGUCGUGGUGGAAAACUUCCACAAAUGCCGUCAGGACCAGGAGGAGGAGGAGGCACGCCUCAGGGAGGAGAAGCGGCAGAGACGGCUGGAGAAGAGGCGCAGAAAGGCCCUCCAGAGACCGUAUUAUGCAGACUACUCUCCCGCCCGCCUCUACAUCCACACCUUCUGCACCAACCACUAUCUAGACCUCUUCAUCACCAUUAUCAUCGGCAUCAACGUCCUCACAAUGUCCAUGGAGCACUACAACCAACCCAAGUAUCUGGAGGAAUCCCUGAAAUACUGCAACUACGUAUUCACGCUGGUGUUUGUGAUUGAGGCCAUGCUCAAGCUGGUUGCCUUCGGCUUCAGGAGGUUCUUCAAAGACAGGUGGAAUCAGCUGGACUUGGCCAUUGUUCUGUUGUCCGUUAUGGGAAUUACGCUGGAGGAGAUUGACCUGAAUGCCUCAUUGCCUAUUAACCCAACUAUCAUUCGCAUUAUGAGAGUGAUGCGCAUCGCCAGAGUGUUGAAGCUUCUUAAGAUGGCCACGGGAAUGAGAGCGCUGCUGGACACAGUGGUCCAGGCUUUACCACAGGUUGGAAAUCUGGGGCUUCUUUUCAUGCUGCUGUUCUUCAUCUACGCUGCUCUGGGAGUGGAGCUGUUUGGAAAACUCGAAUGCUCCGAAGAAAACCCGUGUGAAGGUCUGAGCCGUCACGCUACGUUCGAGAACUUCGGCAUGGCGUUCCUCACGCUGUUCCGAGUCUCUACUGGGGACAACUGGAAUGGAAUCAUGAAGGACACACUGAGGGAGUGUAAGAGUGGAGAUCGCUGCUUGACUUACCUGCCGCUGGUUUCUCCGCUGUAUUUCGUGACGUUUGUCCUGGUGGCGCAGUUCGUCCUGGUGAACGUGGUGGUCGCCGUUCUCAUGAAGCACUUAGAGGACAGCAACAAGGAUGCCUGCGAGGAGGCGGAGAUGGAGGCAGAGCUGGAGGCGGAGUUACAGGCAAAUCGGUGGCAAAAUGCCGCCGCUUCUGCUGUUGAGGUUACUGGAUCUCCUGCACUUAAACAGGGUGACGACCUUCAGGAGAGAAACCUGCUCUCAGUCGGGAAGCCGUGCAUGUCGAGAAUGCUGUCUUUACCAAACGACAGCUACAUGUUUUAUCCUAAAGCUGGACACAAACCCAGAGAUCAGCUCUUCUCCAAACAGCAGACCAUCGACAACGAUGGAAUUACAGGCUCGUCUCUGUCAGUGAAGUCAGAAUCGUGUGAUUGGGAAUCCCUGCUGCAGGUUCCAGAGCCUCCGACUGGCCCCGCCUCUCAUUUAGAGCCUCUCCCACCACAUCAUGUGACAACACAAAAGUCUCUCCGAAUGCUCCAAAGACAGGAGGCGAUAAAGAGCGAUUCUGUGGAUUCCGCCAGCCCUGAAUCGAUGGACAACUUAUUUCUGCACCACUCCGAUUCUCUCAAAGUUCCCAGCAUUCCUCUGACUGGCGGUUCCGCCCCUUGUUCACCUCGAGCCACACCCCCUCUGUGUCGCAGUCGGACAGCCAGCGUCCAAACAAGCAGACGCGUGUACAGUCAGCGCAGCAUCCUGUCACGCAGAUCUACACACACACAACCAGACAUGCACACACACACGUCUAAAACACACACCUCGGACGAAGAAAUCAGACAAAUCGUCUUGUCCAUCGAGAGAAAAGACUCUGGCGUUCAGCUCCUCAGACGCAGCCACACCUUAUCCUCACACGUCGCAGGCACUUUAUGUUUGAAAAGCCAAUCACAGCGAAGUAAUAGUACAGGAAGUGACCUUAGGAAAUACAACAGCAUGGACUCAACCCACGGGGCGUGGUCAGACCAGCUGCAAAAGAAGAGCACGCCCUUUAAAAUGCAAGAAACAGAAGCAUCUCUGUUGCACAGGAAGCACAAAAUGAGUCCACCUUGCGUUUCGACUUCCACAGACCCGCCCAUUUUCUCGGAGACUUCUCAGAGCAGCACGGUUCUGAAAAGGCGUGCACCGUCAUGUGACUCCACGCUGCUCUGGGAGUCUUUGGAUCUUCCUGAUUCUCUGCUGGUUGCUAAGCCCCUCCCACAACCUCAUUUAUCAAUCCAUCUGUCCAUCCCGUUUGAGCAGUUGAACAAUCGCGUUUCAGACGAGGAACAAUCAUCACACUGUGUCCCAAACGACGGCUAA